GCUGGGCUCGCUGCAGUCGCAAGCAGACAGAGGAGGAAAGUAAGUGCUGCUUAGAGUAGUUCCAUCUCCUCUUCCAACCUGCAGCCCAAGAAGGUGAUUGGAGCCGCGCCGCAUCGCGCAGCCCGAAGAUUAACAAUGGUUAAAAUCGCCUUCAACACCCCCAACGCUGGGCAAAAGGAGGAGGCGCGGCAGGACGUGGAGGCCCUCGUGAACCGCGCCGUCCGGGCUCAGAUUCUGACCGGCAAGGAACUUCGAGUUGCCACCCAGGAAAAUGACGAUUCUCUUGGGAGAUGCAUGCUUAUGCUUUUGGGCAUUUCAUUCAUCUUAGCAGGACUUAUUAUUGGUGGAACCUGCCUUUACAAGUACUUCAUGCCCAAGAAUACCAUUUACCGAGGAGAAAUGUGUUUCUUUGAUUCUGAGGAUCCUGCACAUUUCCUUCGUGAAGCAGAGCCGUACUUCCUGCCCGUGACCGAGGAGGCUGACAUUCGUGAGGAAGACAACGUCGUGAUCAUCGAUGUGCCUGCUCCCAGCUUCUCUGAUAGCGACCCUGCAACCGUUAUUCAUGACUUCGAAAAGGGAUUGACUGCUUACCUUGACUUACUGCUGGGAAACUGCUACCUGAUGCCACUCAAUACUUCCAUUGUCAUGCCUCUAAAGAAUAUGAUGGAAUUCUUUACCAAAUUGGCGAGUGGGAAAUACCUGCCUUACACUUAUGUGGUCCACGAAGACUUAAUUGCUAUGGGGGAAAUUCGUGAUGUUAGUAAUCUUGGCAUCUUUAUUUAUCAACUUUGUAACAACAGAAAAUCUUUCCGCCUUCGUCGCAGAGACCUCUUGCCAGGUUUCAACAAGCGUGCCUUUGAUAAGUGCUUCAAGAUUAGACACUUCCCCAAUGAAUUCAUUAUUGAGAGCAAGAUCUGUUAUGAGUGAGAGGCAGAAACAACGUAUCUUUCCUCGGUAUUAAGAAGUCAGAGAUUUACAAGAUGACUUCAACAUUAAAGUUUAUGAGAUACUCAAGAUAUUUACUCUUUCCUUUACUCUAUUGCUUAUAGUAAAAAAUAAAUCAAUUCCCUACUAGCCACUGCAAGCUCUCUUCAACUUUUAGUUUCACUGUCAUUGCUUGUUAUUUGAAAUGGAAAUUACGCUAUAUUUUUCUUUGAAUUUAUAGGGUUUAGAUUUCUGAAAGCAGCAUAAAUAUGUCGACUAACAUCCUGACAAUGAAUUCCAUCUUCUGUUUUUAUAAAGCAUGCUCUUCAUACGAUCAAAUAAGAGCAUGUUUUAAAUUUGUUUUUGACCUCCUUAUGUAAGCAUGUCAAAUCUCUUAACAAUAUUUUUGUUUUUCAUCUUGUGUAAGUUCUGUGAAUUUAGAAACUGCGUUUUUGUUUUUUUUUUUUGCAUUUCUGUUUGGUGCUCUGUGAUGAAUCUGACUUAUAUGUGAACAUUUUUCGUGAGGAAGUCAUUAUUCACUAAUGCAGUGAUUCUUUCUCACUGAUACCGGUAUUGUGAAAUCCACAAAACUGUAAAGGUGCUCUGAAUGCUGUGACAGUUUAGGUUGUAUGGAUUCUACAGCCCUAUAAUAAAUUUUAUCAUAUCCAA